CCACACACUAGGUUCUAAAAAUGGGGCAAAGACCUAAGUGCAUUUUUUGUUUCCCAAGUUGUUGUAAAUGAUCUUCCAAAUGAAAUGCGUCGAAAAAUCAAACCCUCAAUUUCAUACAGUUUGCUGGCAAACCUCAGUCACAGUGCCAUUGAUGCGCAACUCAGAAACAAGUUGAGCAUCAUCAUAGUGAAUGGGGAGAUGGGCAGCAUACCGUCUCCUCCGCCGCCUAACCUCACUAUCAUCACCAUCUUCAAUCCCUUCUCACUCCUCCAUUCACUUCAUCUCCUUUUCUCUCCUCCGCUCUUCAGAUUCCGCUGCCCCACAAUUCCAUCGUUUUAGGCCCUUUUCUUAUGCCCCAUCUUCCUCUUACGCUUCUCUCGCACAUAAUUAUGAUUAUGGGAUUCGUGAUUUUAACCAGAGUUUUGUGGAUGAUAAUGACGAUGUUCAAUCUCGACAAGACGAGGAAGAACAAAUUGCGAGGAUUCCUGUUAAAGCUUUCUUUCUUUCCACUAGUAUCAAUUUGAGGAGCAUGCAGGCAGAAAAUUCAGGGAACGUUGUUCCACCAACCUCUCGCACCUCAAAUUAUGUGACACUCAGAUUUUGCGAUAUACCUUCAGGAAUGAUUGGCAUAGGAGUUGAGAAUAAUAAGAUUUGCAAUCGCUAUAUGGUGGUAUUUCAAUAUGGAUCUGCUGUCCUCUUCAAUGUUGAGGAUCAUGAAGUUGAUUUCUUCUUGAAUAUUGCUAGAAGACAUGCUUCUGGAUUGCUUUCAGAUAUGAAGAAAGACGACUACAUGGUAAAGGAGAAGGCUACACUUGCUGAAGAUAUGCUGGGUGGUCCUGACUAUAUAGUUCUUAGACAUCUUGACACUGAUGGUAUUCGCAUUAUUGGAAGUGUGCUUGGACAAAGUAUUGCUUUAGACUAUUAUGUGUCUCAGGUCGAUGGUAUGGUUGAAGAAUUUGCAGAUAUAAAUCGUGCAAUGGAGAAGACAGGAACAUUCACUAUGCGUAGAAAGAAGCUCUUUCAACUAGUAGGCAAAGCAAAUUCAAAUCUUGCUGACAUCAUCCUUAAAGUGGGUCUCUUUGACAGAUCAGAAAUUGCUUGGAGAGAAGCAAAGUAUGCGGAAAUAAAUGAAUAUCUACGGGAGGAGUAUGAGGUCACUCAGCGUUUUGGAAAUCUUGAUAUCAAGUUGAAAUUUGUCGAGCACAACAUCCAUUUCCUGCAAGAAGUCCUGCAGAAUAGGAGAUCUGAUCUCUUAGAGUGGUGCAUCAUCAUCUUGUUGACCAUUGAGAACGUGAUUUCAAUUUGUGAGAUUAUUCGGGAUUCGGGAGCUGGUUCUGUAUGAUCUGCUAGCCAAAGAUAAAAUUUAUGGCAGGAAGCAAUUAAAUUUUGAAUUGUUUUUUCUUCAUUCUUUAUUUAUUUAUUUAUAUCUCAAAAUCAAAUGAAAUACAUGUUUCAACCACUGGUCUAGUAUCAGUAUAUUAGGAAUAUUACUAAUUACAGUAGAUUUUUCAGUUGCUGUUGUAUAUAUGACAUCUUAAUUUUUUUUUUUUGGUUCGAAUGAGCCACAAGGGCGGGGAUGAGAAUCGAUCCGGAUCCUGGAAUGGGGAUGGAAGCUCUAACCAACCGAGCUAUCCCUCACUCUCUAAUCUUCUUUCUGAUUAUUCAGUCUUGUAGAGUGCUUCAGGCGGAAAUUGCUACGGUUUUCUCUGCUAGAUUAGAUGCAAAAACCCGAUGUUACUUGACUCAGUAAACUUGAUUACUUCGAUUUUUCUUAGGUUUCAGUUAAGUAAUAAGAUUUUACAUUUACUUUGUUUCGGA